CUAGUAUUUUUUCAGUCUGACCUGAAAGCCUGCCACCUCCUGCUGUGCAUGGAUUGCCAAGUCAAGAUGCUGUCCGUCCACCAGUUCCAGAAGACGGCACUCCAGGGCAUCAGGAACCUCAAAUAUCUGCUCAGCAAAGUCAAUAUUGCACCGUCUUUCCAACCAAUUGUAAUUGAGCAUGAAGAUGUCAAACCAGAGAUAAUAACUAUUAAACUAGAACCAGGAACACCACCACCCGCUGUCAAUGAGGCACAUAGUGCUCCGACACCGCAAGAUUCAAAGGCACUGGAAGACAAGAAUCUCAAAAUCGAGCCACCUGAGACAGUGCCUUCGCCUCAGACCGGGGGCGAUUCAGGUCCAGCAGUUAAUUGUGAGUCUGUCAGUCGUGAACCGAGCAGUGAACAGCCCACCACAAGUACCUCGACAACUAAAGCAACCCAAACAACUGUGAAGACGAGAACAUUAUCAAGGAAUCCCACAAACACUGCCAAAUCAGGGAACAGCAGGAAAUACGCCACCAGGAUUUUGAGGAGCAACGCGCGAAAUUACUCGUACAAAAUCAAGCUCCGUAAGAAGCCCCUGCCGUGCCCGCAAUGCGACCAAAAGUUAAGUCACACUGGCAGCCUGCGAGCACAUGUUAAGAAACACAAUGCGGAACCGUCAAAAUGCGACGAGCGUGGUGCGGCGUGUGUUGGCAAAGUGUACGCGCGUACUGGCGUGCGACACGCGGGCGGCGCGCACGAGAAGCGUGCCACGCGGGUCACUCACGCGUGUGACCUGUGCGGGAAGGCCUUCAAGGUCAAAAAAAGUCUGACCGAGCACUUACUGACACACCAGGGCGUCCGACCGUACAAGUGCGAGCUAUGUCCCGCCACCUUUUCCUACAACAGCGCCCUCUGUAACCACGCCAACACCAAACACCACAAGAAGAGGAAACAGGCCAAAAAAGAAACUGACGCACAAGAAAAUUAAAAUAAAUAUUUCAAUCGUAUAGUUUUAAAAAGACCUUGAAAAUAACUAGGAAUGCUUCCAGAACGUGUAAUGGGGUAGCAAAACCAAGCCACGUGUCGUCUGUGGCGAUUAUCAUCGACAGUUUAACGAAAAAAGUAUAUCAAAAUAUAGACGCUGUAACACGGGAGAGAAACCAUACUACUGCGAAGUAUGCAAAAGCAAAACACAAGGAUAGCAAGUUACUAACACACAGGGCCUUGGCCAGUAUCAGGAAAAAGCAGUUAUACAAUACAAGAAUAUUA